AAAAUUAAAUCAAAAUGAAAAAUGUGAUUAACUGUCAUCUCAUAGUUAUGCAUGUAACGUGAAGUUUUUUGGCGUGAAUCCACUACAAUGAACUAUCAUAUAGCUGAUUAUCUUUAUUGAAUAAUCCUUUUUUUAGUCGCGAAAUUAGAAACAAUACAAUUAAUUAAACAGAUAAAUAAAGAUGAUAGAAAAAAAGUUAAAACUUUUUGAACGAAGGAAGAUUUUAAUUUUUGAAAUAAUUUUUAUUUGAUUUUGAACAUCUGCUGAUAUUAAAUAUUCAAAAUUUUCUUCUUGCAUAAUUCAAGAUUGUUUAUCCUUGUAUAUCAGAUGCAUCAAAGACAAGCGGACUUUAAUAUUAAAGAGGAAAAAGAAUCUUAACACAAAAGAUUAAAAUGUCGUUGAGUUUUCACAAUCUUAUAUACUGGAAAAACGCAAUGCAAACUGUGGCAACCUUUUUAUCUGGUCUUAUCGUGUUGCUAGCAUUAUAUUUUUACAGCGUCUUAGAAGUUCUCUCGUGUAUCGCAAUUCCUUCACUAGUCAUAACCAUGGCAAUGCGGAUAAUUUAUUAUAUCUUAAAUAUGAUUUUCAAGGAAAACUUUGAGCAUCCCUUUAAAAUUUGGUUAAAGAAAGAUUUAAAUUUAUCAAAGGAUAAAAUUGAAUUAAUAACUCAAAGAAUAUGUGAUGGCGUCAAUGCUACGAUUCAAUAUAUUAAAAGAAUUUUAUUUGUCGACGAAUUUAUCCCAUCGCUAAAGGCUUUGGUUGUGUUGUUUGGAUGCCAUUAUGUAGGAAGAAAAUUCAGCGGAUUAACUUUAAUAUUCUUAUGUUAUAUUGGAGUAUUUUUUUUACCAAAACUAUUAAAACGAUACGAAAAAGAACUGUGUGACAAAGCAACAUCUUUCAGAAUCUGUUAUCAAAAUCUAUAUACCAGAAUAUCAACAAUAAUUACAGAAAAAGCUGGCAAGAAGUACGCUAACAAAGAAAAUUAAAUUUAUAAAUUUAAAAGAUUUAAAAUAUUUUA